CUGAUCCGAGGUGUGUUUUCCGUGUUUUUCCGUGCGUGUGUUCUUCACAAUCAACCAUGGACCUGAUGCUGAGCAACUUCAUCGUCGACGAUGUUUCUGGGAAGGGUCCUGAAAAGACACAAGCGAGCGUUCCGCUCAAAUCGGCAAAAAUCGAUUCAGGAGGGGUUCCUUUCUCGAUAAGCUUUAAUAAACCGACUCCGAUCAAGCCAGUGCUAGCCCGAAAGCGACCGGUUGCUAAACAGUUGACCCAAGCUACAACCGGUAUUCGGCUGGAGCCACAGAAAAAUGCUGCGACCCCUACCUUUAGCUUUACCCCGGAUAUCGAUUCCGGAGUUCGUGCACGUAAACCUAACAUUUUCGAUCGCCUAAAAACCGACCUACCGAAGGUGGAGCUACCAAAGGUGCAGCCGAUGGAAGAGAGCGUGUUUAGUGAGCAACCUAUUGAAGCGCUCGAUAUUCAUUCGCACACGAAAAAGAACGUGGCCGAUCUGUUGCACUACACGCACCUUACGGUGGUGCAAAGCUUAGCCAUCCCGCGGUUGCUCGAGGGGCGUGAUGCAUUGAUUCGGGCUCAAACGGGGUCAGGGAAAACGUUGGCCUAUGCGGUACCGCUCGUCGAAGCACUUCACUCACAGCGACCGAAAACACGUCGCACCGACGGCAUCCUGGCGGUGGUGAUUGUGCCGACCCGCGAACUGGCAUUGCAAACGUACGAACUGCUGGUGAAGCUGCUAAAACCGUACACUUGGAUUGUGUCCGGCUAUCUGUGUGGGGGUGAAAAGCGCAAGGCGGAGAAGGCCCGUCUUCGCGCGGGUCUGAACAUACUGAUCGGGACACCGGGCCGCUUUUGCGAUCACAUUCGCAAUACGGAGACGCUCAAGCUAAACGGAGUUCGGUGGUUGGUGUUGGACGAAGCCGACCGGCUACUGGAGCUCGGCUACGAAAAGGACGUUAAAGAGAUUGUCUCGACGAUUCAGCGUGACGACGGUGCAACCGUUCGGGCGGAGGGUACACUCCAGACAGUGCUACUGUCUGCCACGUUAACUUCCUCGGUGAAGGAGCUCGCCGGUUUGACGCUGCACAACCCGGUAUACAUCGAGACGUGUAAUGCCAUUCGCCAACGGCAACAAGCGGCUGGAGCAACGAGUGAUGGAGCUACCUUCACCGACCAUCUGCUAAACGUGGACGAGUGUGUUACGAUUCCUGCCACGGUGAAGCAACGCUAUUUGGUAGUACCGCCCAAGCUGCGACUCGUUACGCUCAGUGGCUUGCUAGCGCAUGAGCAGCGCAAAAAGCCAUCCAAGGCGCUCGUCUUUAUGGCGACACAGGAUUUAGUCGAUUAUCACUUUGACAUUAUGGUGGAAGUAUUAACCACGAAGCGGCUUGACUCUGAUGACGAGGAACUGGACGAGGAAGAGGACGAAGAUACGCGCCUGAUGGAAAGAGGGAGCGAGGUGGGCUCUGUACUGCUGCCACGGUUGGCCUUUUUCAAGCUGCACGGACGCAUGACGCAGAUUGAGCGAAGUUCGGUGUUUCAGGCAUUCCGCAAAGCGAAAGCAGCCGUGCUUAUCUGUACGGAUGUUGCCUCCCGCGGUAUCGACGUGCCCUGCGUGGAUCUGGUGGUGCAGUACCACUCGCCGCAAAUUCUGGCCGACUAUGUGCACCGAGUCGGGCGCACAGCCCGAGCAGGCCAGUCCGGUAAAGCAGUUCUUUUCGUCGAGCCAUCCGAAGUGGAAUUCAUCAAAUACCUCGCUGACAAGCAGAUUCGAAUUCAGGAGGAAAAAAUCGACGGAAUUUUCGUAUGUCUUGGACAGCUGCUCAACUGUGGGCAGAAGCGUAUCGGCAAGAACAAGGAACAGGCCGCCAUAGAGCUGCAGUAUCGUUUCGAGCAGUUGGUCGCCAAGGAAAAGGAACUGUUCACCAGUGCCAGCAAAGCGUUCGUGUCGUGGGUUCGCUACUAUUCCAACUUCCCGAAGGAGCUACGCCGUAUAUUCACGAUCCGGGCCAUUCACAUGGGCCAUUACGCCAAGUGUCUGGGAUUGCGCGACCCGCCAAAUCAGUUCAUGAAGGCGCACACCGGCCCGGCGGACGAGGACGAGCAACCGAGAGGCGGCCGGGCCGUCGGAGGUCGUGACAGGGCUCCCGGUAGAAGGUCCCACGGUGCCGAAGUUCGUCGGCUACCGGCUGGCGUCAGACGGAACGGAAGGCCGCCAACGGAGGGCCAACCGCACCGAGAUCUGGCCGACUAUGCCCGGCGCUCCCGGAUCCAGAAUACGUCCGAGUUCGACAGUGGCCUUGGUCCGGCUCGCGCGAAAAAAGCGAAAAAAGCGUAG